AUGUCUGGACUUCCUGCGCCACAACAGGCGCAAGCCCGAAACACGACACUAGCCACGGGACGAUUGCCGAAUGGUGGAGCUGCCAAUUGGAACUUCAAUCUUCCCGGAACAUCUUCUCUGCAAGGCCAUCAACAACGCACCUUAGGCACAAUGGGAAGCUUUGCACAAAGUCUCGGUGGCUCUCAACCCUCAUCAGCCUUGGAUCUUUCAGAGUUUCCCUCCCUGUCUGGCACGUCGCAGCAAUCGCAAUCCCAAAAUUCAGUAUGGGCAAAUGCGAGUCAACGGGCGGCGCAGCAUACUCCCGUCCAAAGACAACAACAUCCUCCGACGUCUCAGCCCCCCUCGCGAAAUUCCCAGAGCCAGCAACUCCUUAACCAGCAAUCGUCACAAGCGUCACACGAUGACAUGCUACCAUCUGCUUCCCAGUUUGCGAAUCGCUUAGAUGAUUUCAGGAACGGCGGGCAAGGAAUUAGCAGCCAGCUGGGAAAUGGUAGUCAACCUCGGACGGGCAACAUCGACGAGUUUCCGCCUCUUGGACGCAAUGUCGGCAACGUCGGCAAUGUGGCUGCGGAGCUAGUUCAGGAACGUCGAGCAUCUGCGAUGCAAGCUCCUGGAUUCGGCGCCUACAACUCGGGCAUCGGAUCAUCACGGUCGCCAGUCAGCCAGGGAGCCAACGGAACUCUGGCUCAAGAUAAAGAUCGCAACUUCAGCGACCCGCAAUUAUUGCAACAGCGCCAAGAACAAGGGAGUGAAGUUCAAGAGCCCGCCACCGGCAUGCAAAGCGCAGAGCAACCGCCCUUGGCCCAAAUGAGCGAGCUGGAUAGGUUCGGACUCAGCGGGCUUCUCCGCAUGAUCCAUAGCGAGAGCGCCGACGUGGCUAGUCUUGCGGUCGGACAAGACCUGAUGACUUUGGGCUUAGAUUUGAAUCAGCCUGAGCCUCUCCAUACCUCAUUCGCAUCACCCUUCGUCUCGUCGAUGUCUGCUGUCCCGCUGGAACAGGACUUCGCUCUCCCAGCAUGCUACAAUGUUGCAAACAUCCAGCCUCUUUCCUCACGGAUUCCAGGGUUCAGCGACGAGACCCUCUUCUACAUAUUCUACAGCAUGCCGCGCGAUAUCAUGCAGGAGCUGGUUGCAGAAGAGUUGAUGGGCCGCAAAUGGCGGUACCAUAAGCUUGAGCGGUGCUGGUUGACGCGUGAUGAAUCCUACCCUGGUCCGGUUGAUGUCGAACGAGGGGUGAGCGAGCGUGGGGUUUACCUCCUUUGGGAUCACACAAGUUGGAAGAAGAUUCGGCGUGAAUUCAUUCUUCGUUAUGAAGAUUUGGAUAAUCGUCUGGAUGCCUCUCGGACUGUGACCCGCGCCGCAGCCGGUCAGUCUUUGGCCUCAUAA